AUGAAUGCCGAUGCGUCUUCGGGCCAACCUGACGGCCAGCCAAGACGCGGAACCUCGAGACCACGCCGCAACGGCGCCGGCACCGACAAUGCGGAUGGAUCUUCCGGUCGAAGAAAGGCUUGCAACGAGUGCAAGCAGCAAAAGCUGCGGUGCGACCUCACUUAUUGUGACACAACAAAUCUUCCAGUUUGUAGCCGAUGCAACCGCCUUGGACUGGAGUGCAAGAUUGAGCUUGGAUUUAGGAGAACAAGAAAGCGGAGACGGUCGGUCGACUUGGUAAACGAGAUCCGCGAUUUGAAGAAACGGCUGGAGGAAGCUCAGGAUGGCUCCAACACAAACCCAACAUUAGAGACAGCUCAAACCAGGCCAACAAGUGAGAUGGAUUGGGCACUACCCGCGACUGCUGGAGGUCUUCUACCCACCCCCUCGGUUGACGCAAACCUGGGUCAACUUCAACUCGAUAGCAGCCGUUCGACCGUUCCGCCUAUGCAACAACCACCUCCGCCCCCGAUCCCUGUCGAUGAGUCCCCUACAGCAACAACCGAUGCUACAGAACAUUCACGUGCUCCUGGCCUCACUACCCGACCUGUUAUCGAUGAGCCUGGUCCGCACCGACGCUUCUCUAGUUCCCGCCCACGUCCGCAGGCGCUGGGUAACACGGCGCUCUCGGUCGAAGAGAUUGAAGAGCUGUUCAAUAUUUAUCGGACAUCGUAUCAUCCUCAUAUGCCGGUUAUUGAUAUCAACAGAUCUCCUCAAGAGUAUUACCACCUAUCUGAGCUUCUGUUUUGGACCAUCAUCUCGGUCGCCUCUAGGCGCCUGUCAUCCCAUCCAACAUUAUUGCCCAAGCUCGCUAGAAGCGUAACGGAUCUCAUGUGGAAGACACUGCGGUCCGUCUCCUACUCCAUAACGACAGUCCAGGCAUUGGCCCUCCUCUGCACCUGGCCCUUCCCGACAAGCAGCAGCACGGCAGACCCGACUUUCAUGCUUGUAGGAACAAUGCUACAAAUAGGGACACAGAUAGGCCUGCAUCGUGCUCUUAGUGCCCAAGACUUUUCUAAAGUACCUAUCAAACUGGAAGCAUUAGAGUAUGCUGAAUGGGUGCGAACCUGGGAGGCCUGCAACAUUGUAGCGCAAAGUGUGAGUGUUGGCUGUGGCCUUCCCAUAUUCGUACAGACACAUGAUGGUCCUUCAUCAGUGACCCAGAUGACAGAGUUGUCAGAUUCCCCCGCCCCAGACCUGUCGCUUGUUUACCGUCGUCGGGUAGAACAAUUUAGACUGAGGGUAUCCUCUUCCCUCGAGCGUCAUGUUCCAGAAGAUGGGGAUGGUGCUCGUGCAGAUGAGAGGUUGACCUUGUACCGUCUACUUAACAUGGAUUUAGCCGAUCUAGAGUGCGAAUGCGGCCCAGAAAGAGCCUUGAACGUAUGGUACCUCACAGCAGCUAAGCUGCAUCUGCAUGCAUCCUACCUUCUUGACGAUGCCACUACGGAUGGUUACAAAGACAGAAUCAUCACACUCUAUCUCACAGCGCAACGUCUCAUAGAGCUAAGCAUCGACAAAGCCACGGAAAAGACAGGGUUCUGUCACUACUGCCCGUUUUUUUGCUACCAAGUCUUUACUUGCGCUGCAUUUGUGGUCCUCAAGAUUCUAAUGAACGGCUAUUUCCGCUCCAUCAUCGAUGUCAGUGCUGGCACAAAGAAUCUCGAAGCCGCCAUCGCCGCCCUCCGAAAGAUCAGCGUUGUGAACAACGACUUACCUGCCAGACUCGGAGACGUCAUUGGCUUCUUCUGCGCGCUGCCUGACACAACCGUCGUUGGCGGUGUGACCAUCGACGACUUACGCUUACGGCAAGUGAAGAACAGAAUGAGCAUGAGUGUAGUGUACGACUGCUUGUGGACAUGGAGACGAUACUUUCAAGAGGAAAAUGAGAAGGACGUGGGGGAUGCCCCCUUCGCGGCUCAAGACAAGUCACCAAUUGCACCCAAGUUGCUUACAAGCAUGCUGACAUAUCUUAAUACAGAUAAUUGUCACUCCCGAAGAUCUGCAAAGAUCUUUCAGCUUCGAUAUCCCUAUGGAGAUAGGUGGCUUCCUGGAUAG